GGCUCGGCCUGCGGUGGCGCGGUCCUGCGCACAGAGCGCUAUCUAUGCUCCCAGGAGUCAGAGCGGCCUGGUUGUUGCUAUGGUUUCUAAAUCCCGCAGCCGGAGGAAGGCUGCCCAGCUAGGCGCCCGCUAGCUUCCGCUAGAACGCGGACCGGGAAACGGAAAGAAUCCCUCGAGCAGCCAGCAGUGUGGGAAAAUGGCAGUGAGCCACUCGAUGAAGGAACGGACAAUCUCCGAGAACAGCCUGAUCAUCCUGCUGCAGGGCCUCCAGGGCCAGGUGACCACUGUGGACCUGCGGGAUGAGAGCGUGGCCCACGGACGCAUAGACAAUGUUGAUGCUUUCAUGAACAUCCGCCUAGCCAACGUCACCUACACGGACCGUUACGGGCGUCAGGCUGAGCUGGAUGACCUCUUUGUAACAGGCCGUAACGUCCGUUAUGUCCACAUCCCAGAUGACGUGAACAUCACCGAGACCAUUGAGCGGCAGCUGCAGAUCAUCCAUCGUGUGCGCAACUUUGGUAGCCUGGGGCAAGGCCGGCGGGAAUUUCCCACCAAAAAGCAUAAAUGAGCCUGUCCCUUCGGCAAGCCCUAGUCACCACUCAGGUUCCUCCAGAGUUCUACUGAGCCAACUGCCUGCCAUCCAUCCCUGCCCAGAACCUGGGAAGGGAGCAGGGCCAGCCCAGAAACUGGUAUCUGGCAGACAACACCUAUCACAGCUGCCUUUCACAGGGUUACACCUCCCAGACUCACCCUGGGAUCCACAAUCCUGUUUGUCUGUGGCCUUGGGGUAGAUGAUAAUACCCCCUUUUGACCAUUUGCAUCUGAGUCGAUGAUUUACUGAUUCAGGGAAUCUGUCCAAUUGUUUUUAACCCUCUCCCAGUGAGGAUUAUUAAAUGUGCUCAACCUCGGCCACCCUAAGUGUCCCCAGUUUUCUUGCAAUUGUGUCUUUUUUCUUAUAAAAUUAAACUU